AGAACCUCUCUCUCUCUCUCCCUUACACACACACUCUGACAAACACACACACUCUCUCUCGGUCAGGAUUUGUCCUCGUCUCUGUGAUAUAUCUCUGUCUUCGCCUGCUCCGAGCAGCUCUGAAGGACUUCUCCGCACUGCUCUGAGCCCCGCAGGAGGAUUUUACCGGCGUCCGUCCGUCCGCAGCCCUCGCGCUUCUGCAUGAAUCUGUUCGACUCGUGCCUGAAGAUGAGCGCCGAGCAGGACAAGAGUCUGUCCGACGCGCCCAGCCCGAGCAUGUCCGAGGACUCGGCGUCCGGCUCCGGCUCCGGCUCGGACAGCGAGAGCAGCCGCCUCGCAGACUUCAAGAAGGACGAGGAGGGGGACAAGUUCCCCGUGUGCAUCCGGGACGCGGUGUCCCAGGUGCUGAAGGGCUACGACUGGACCCUGGUGCCCAUGCCCGUGCGGGUGAACGGCUCCAGCAAGAGCAAGCCGCACGUCAAGAGACCCAUGAACGCGUUCAUGGUGUGGGCUCAAGCCGCGCGCAGGAAGCUGGCGGAUCAGUAUCCGCACCUGCACAACGCCGAGCUCAGCAAGACCCUCGGAAAACUCUGGAGAUUACUGAACGAGGGCGAGAAGCGUCCGUUCGUGGAGGAGGCCGAGCGUCUGAGGGUGCAGCACAAGAAGGACCACCCCGACUACAAGUACCAGCCCAGACGGAGGAAAUCAGUGAAGAACGGCCAGAGCGAGAGCGAGGACGGCGAGCAGACACACAUCUCCCCCAACGCCAUCUUCAAGGCCCUGCAGCAGGCCGACUCUCCGGCGUCCAGCAUGGGCGAAGUGCACUCCCCGGGGGACCACUCAGGUCAGUCCCAGGGUCCCCCGACUCCUCCCACGACCCCCAAAACAGACCUGCCGUCCAGCAAAGCGGACCUGAAGCGCGAGGGCCGUCCGCUGCAGGAGGGCAUCGACUUCGGCGCCGUGGACAUCGGCGAGCUGAGCAGCGACGUCAUCUCCAACAUGGAGCCGUUCGACGUGCACGAGUUCGACCAGUACCUGCCCCCUCACGGACACCCGGGGGUCGGCGGCGGCGCGCAGGCCUACCCCGCCGGCUUCGGGGGCGCCUGGAUGUCCAAACAGCACCCGAUGGGCGAGCAGCGGACGCAGAUCAAGACGGAGCAGCUGAGCCCCAGCCACUACAGCGAGCAGCAGCCGCCGCAGCAGCAGGGCUCUCCGCAGCAUGUGGCCUACGGCUGCUUCAACCUGCAGCACUACAGCAGCAGCAGCAGCAGCAGCGGAGGAGGAGGAGGAGGAGGUGGAGGCUCGUACUACAACUACAGCGAGCACCAGAGCCCCGCCGGCUCCUACUACAGCCAGUACCCCGCCUUCAGCUACCAGAGGCCCAUGUACCCCCCGAUCGCCGACAGUCCGCAGCACUGGGAGCAGCAGCCCGUCUACACCCAGCUGUCCCGGCCCUGAGCCACCGAGAGGACGGACUCAAACUGAGCGAGCGCCUCUCCCCACUGUGCCUUCGGAGUUGUGAUUAUAUUUUUCUAGAUAUAAUGAGACAAGAGAAUCCUCUGUGAGGACAGAUUCCAGAUAACUAUUUUUAGUAUGUACCGUGUAUGUGUCACGUUUCUCAGCUGUGUCGGGGGAUUCGUACGCAGCUGUCCGAUCCGAUUUGUUUUUUGAUAUUUUCCUCUUGUGUAUAUCUGUGGGGGUUUCUUACACACUCGGGCGAAGUGUUGAAUCGUCCUCUGUACAGUCGACUGCUUCUUUGAGUCUCUCGUUUCUGUGAAAACUGCCUCUAGAGUCCGUCUGUGCCUAUAGAGAUCCGGCUGCUGGAGGGGGAACGGGACGUGCCCUUUGACCCCAGGCUCCUCCGCAGCUCGCCAUUCCUCCAGUCCUAACCUCUUUAAUUUAUUCAUUAGCAUUCGUUUGACAUUUUCACUGGGGCUUCGUACGACUAAUUUGUGAUGUUUCCGGAGACGAUUACGAUUUAGAUGUAGUAGAAACUUUAACCAUCUCCUUUAUUUAUCGUUUGUUAAUGUUUCCAUUUAAAAUGUCUAAAAUGGUACUCUAGUUGACUUCCGAUUGUGAAGCUUGAUCAAGUCUUUCAAUGAAACAACUGGAACUUGUGUUUUUUUUGUUGUUAUUGUUGGUUUUCUGUCUCAAACAUGGCUACAUCUCUACAAAGACACACCAGCAUUUCUUGUUUUUUUUUUCAUUUCAAACUGUAAAUCAUGCCACCGUCUUAAAAGAAGCUUAUCUUUUGUAUCAUAUUGUUUGCAAUAAAAGGAAAGAUAUUAAAAAA